AGUCACGUGCUCAAACCCUGGUAGUGACUUACACUGUGCCGUACUAUAUAAAAGCUCGCGCCCGCCUCCCCCUAUAGAGGUCCCUCUGCGCCGUCUCCCGACACGAAACCCUAAUCGGAGCGAAGGAAUGGCCCCCAAAAGAUCUGCGAAAGCGCCCGUUCCGGCAAAGAAGAAACCGGAGAAGGUUGUGAAUCCUUUGUUUGAGAAGCGCCCGAAGCAGUUCGGAAUCGGAGGGGCAUUGCCUCCAAAGAAGGAUCUGCACAGAUUCGUGAAAUGGCCGAAGGUGGUCCGGAUUCAGAGGCAGAAAAGGAUACUGAAGCAGCGGCUGAAGGUUCCACCAGCUUUGAAUCAGUUCACUCGGACAUUGGACAAGAACCUUGCUACAAAUCUCUUCAAGAUGCUUCUGAAGUACAGGCCUGAAGACCGAGCUGCAAAGAAGGAAAGGCUUCUGAAGAGGGCACAAGCUGAAGCUGAAGGGAAGACUGUUGAACUGAAGAAGCCCAUUGUUGUCAAGUAUGGGCUCAAUCAUGUCACUUACCUUAUCGAACAGAACAAGGCACAGUUGGUGGUUAUCGCACACGAUGUGGAUCCAAUUGAGCUUGUCGUGUGGCUACCCGCCUUGUGUAGGAAGAUGGAGAUCCCUUACUGUAUUGUCAAAGGAAAAGCCCGUUUAGGAGCGAUCGUGCAUAAGAAAACAGCAUCAGUCUUGUGUCUGACCACUGUGAAGAAUGAGGACAAACUAGAAUUCAGCAAAAUCCUGGAAGCGAUUAAGGCCAAUUUCAAUGACAAGUUUGAUGAGGUCAGGAGGAAGUGGGGUGGUGGAAUCAUGGGUUCCAAAUCUCUGGCAAAAUCCAAGGCCAGGGAGAAGGUACUAGCAAAGGAAGCCGCCCAGAGAAUGACUUAGGUCUUCUCAUCUCGUCAUUGGUAGCGCUAUAAAUGUCAUCAAAUAGGUUGCUUGAUUUCUGUAGCUGGAGGCGGAAGAGUAUAAUUGAACAUUUUGUUGAUGGCAAGCUUUUGUUCAGAGUAUUCUUAACUUAAUCGGCUUUUGCUUACUA